AUGCUGAGCAGCACUUUAGAUUCUAACAGUUCAGGCCCGAGCCAUGGAGGGUCUGUCUUUUCAAAGACUGAACACAGCGUCGUGGCCGCUUACCUGAUUGUGGCAGGUAUAAUAAGCAUUCUCAGCAACAUAAUAGUUCUGAGCAUCUUCAUUAAGUACAAGGACCUGCGGACACCCACGAAUGCAGUGAUUAUUAACCUGGCUUUCACUGAUAUAGGGGUCAGUAGCAUUGGCUAUCCUAUGUCUGCUGCUUCAGAUCUGCAUGGAAGUUGGAAAUUUGGAUAUGCAGGCUGUCAGAUUUAUGCAGGACUGAACAUCUUUUUUGGAAUGGUGAGCAUUGGCUUACUCACAGUUGUAGCUGUGGAUCGGUACCUGACCAUCAGCUGUCCUGAUAUAGGAAGAAGAAUGACCACCAACACCUACCUGAGCAUGAUCCUGGGCGCCUGGGUCAACGGCCUGUUUUGGGCUUUGAUGCCCAUCGUGGGGUGGGCUAGUUAUGCCCCUGACCCUACGGGAGCUACCUGUACCAUCAACUGGCGGAAAAAUGAUAGCUCUUUUGUGUCGUACACCAUGAUGGUUAUUGUGGUGAAUUUCAUUGUGCCCUUGACAGUGAUGUUUUAUUGUUAUCAUCAUGUCACUCGAUCCAUGAGACUUUAUGCUGCUAGUAACUGCACUGCACAACUCAACAGACACUGGACAGAUCAGGCAGAGGUAACAAAGAUGUCUGUGAUAAUGAUACUGAUGUUUCUGCUGGCAUGGUCCCCUUAUUCCAUCGUGUGCUUAUGGGCUUGUUUUGGCGACCCAAAAAAGAUUCCUCCUUCAAUGGCCAUCAUAGCCCCGCUGUUUGCAAAAUCCUCUACAUUCUACAACCCCUGUAUUUAUGUGGCUGCAAAUAAGAAGUUUCGGAAAGCCAUUUUUGCCAUGUUUAAAUGCCGGCCUCACCAAGAAAUGCCCGAGACAAGUGCUGUACAAAUGGAUAUGCCUCAAAGCCCACUGACUCCCGCAAGAAUCUGA